AUGAAACUUAUCUGCCAUCUGAAGCCACAUUGUAAAACAUCACAAGCACAAGCACACAACAAAAAACAUAAACACCCACGUUUGAUUUUGGAAAUUCACCAUCAACAUUUAUAUUCGACUUUGAAAGCAAGUCGUAAGCAAUCACAAAGAUACAAUAGUGACAAAAGAUAUCGCGCCCAUCGUGUUCAUUUCAAAACACAAAAAAAGAAAGAAAAAAACUUAAAACAACAUCCCGAAAACUGA